AUGUCUUAUGGAGAUGCUUCAGAGAAAGUACUCAGAUCAAAUAUUGGGUUGUUUGCAAUAAAAGCUGGGAGUUUGGCUGAAAGGUUGGCCGAGUAUUUAGCGCAUAAUAUGGGGGUCAAAUCCUCAUAUUUUAGAGAAAAUUGCCUGCCAAGCUCCAGUUAUCUUCGCAUGAACAGAUACCCACCGUGUCCUUUAUCUUUUGAGGUUUAUGGCCUCAUCCCCCGCACUGAUAGUGAUUUUCUCACUGUAUUAUAUCAAGACCAGGUUGGUGGGUUGCAGCUGAGGAAAGAUGGAAGAUGGCUUAGUGUUAGACCAAAUCCUCAAGUUCUAAUUAUCAACAUAGGCGACUUAUUUCAGGCAUUGAGCAAUGGAGUGUACAAGAGCAUUGAACACCGAGUGGUUGGUCAAUCAGAAGUUGAGAGAUAUUCUGCGGGGUAUUUUUAUUGUCCAUCUGAUGAAGCAGUGAUAGAGAGCCUGAGCAAGCCAGCAGUGUAUAGAAAGUUUAGUUUCAAUGAGUAUAGACAGCAAGUUCAAAAGGAUGUAGGAGCUACAGGCGACAAAGUAGGGCUCUCGAGAUUCGUCUUAUAAGAAGAAAGGAAGUUUUCUUCCUACUUAUCACAACUUAAUAUUCUUAAGCAAGUGUAUUAUAUAUGCUUAAUUGUCUAUCAGUGUGUGCAUAUGUAUAGGCCAAAGGACU